AUGGAUAGUGACCCAUUAACGAGGCUGAAAAAUAAAUUGGAUUCAAUGAGAAGAGAAAGAGAUUCUCUAAAUGGAGUGAUACUUCAAGAAAGGGCGAGAAAUAGUCAGCUAGAAGCUGAACUUGCAAGAUUAAGAAAUGAGUUUCUCAGAUCAAAGGCUGAAUUAGACGAAAAAGAAGCAACACUCCAGCGAUUUAACGAAACUAUUAGGGAAAGUGAAAAUGCUUAUGCAAAGCUAUUAACAAAUACUGAUAAACUUCUUACCGCACUAGAGCAUGAGUCCAGCAAUUUAUCAAGGAAAUUUAAACAAUAA